AUGUCUCCUGCAGCAGCUGAACCAGAUGGGGUCCAGCGAGACAGGCAUGUCAGCAUGCUCAUCUUCUUCCUUUUUGUCUUCGGUGCCAUCCUGCUGUUUGUGGGAGUCCUGCUCUCCAUCUUUGGGUUCCAGGCAUGCCAAUACAAACCCCUCCCAGACUGCAGCAUGGUGCUGAAGGUCGCUGGGCCUGCGUGUGCUGCCAUUGGGCUUGGGGCCGUGAUCCUGGCCCGCUCCCGGGCACUACUUCAGUUCCGGCAGGGGCGCCAUCGAGGCAGUCGGGAGGAGCCUGACCGACCCUUCAUCUGCGGAGAAAGUCGCCAGUUUGCCCAGUGCCUCAUCUUUGGAUUUCUAUUCUUGACCAGCGGCAUGCUCAUCAGCAUACUGGGCAUUUGGGUCCCUGGCUGUGGCUCAGACUGGGAGCAAGAACCACUGAAUGAGACAGAUACUGCCAACGGGGAGCCCCAGAUCUGUGGAUUCCUGUCCCUGCAGAUCAUGGGACCCUUGAUUGUGCUCAUGGGAUUGUGUUUCUUCGUGGUUGCCCACGUUAAGAAAAGAAACAACUUGAACGAGGGCCAGAAUGCCUCUGAAAGUGAAGAGAGACAGACCCAGAACACGGAGCCUGUCCAGGUCACUGUAGGUGAUGCUGUGAUAAUAUUCCCGCCCCCUCCGCCACCUUACUUCCCUGAGUCUCCCGCCUCUGCAGUAACUCGAAGUCCUGGGGCGGAUGGUUUGCUUCCAAAUGAAAGUCCACCUUCAUACUACAGUAUUUUUAACUAUGGCAGGACCCCAACUUCGGAGGGCCAGCGCGCGGCCUCUGAGAGAGCACGUGUAUCCGUAUAUACUAUUUCUGGGACUCCUUCGUCCUCCGAGAUCCCUGCACAUCUCUCAUCUGAAUUGCCUCCCAGAUACGAAGAGAAAGAAACUACUGCAGCCGCAUCCUUGUCUCCCUCUUCUCAGCCUUCCCCACCGUGA